GGCCCCACCUUCCUCGCACGCCUCGGGAUGCCCAGCAUUCGAUGACUGACCACCCUUGAUUUCCGAGGAACAUAGAUCACGUACAACUUCGACGUGGCAGAUAUACAACCACCUACACCGAACUGAUUCCAACCCUCAAAGCCUCGCGAUGGCUGCCCCUCCCCAGUUGUUAUCGCGUAAGGCCAAUGGCGCCGGCUCUGCCGUGUCCAGCCCGGCGGCUGGCGAUGCCACCACAAAACCGACCAAGACAAAGGCACCUGCAGAGGGUGAGAAGGUUUUGGUUCGGAGACUCCCACCGGGAAUGACCGAGGAGGAGUUUGUCAACAUCUUGGGAGAUACCUGGGGAAGCGGCCGUGGCAAGGUUGGCUGGUUUUCCUACCAUCACGGGAAGGUGUCUAAGGAUCCAGCUAAACCAGCCCUGCCAUCGCGUGCCUACCUCCAUGUCCUGAGGAAAGACGACCUCUUGGCACUUUCCGAGGCUGUCCGUACCGCCGUCUGGGAAGAUGCCAAAGAGACUUACAACAACCCCGCCCUCGUAGGACCGCCCGUCGUAGAGUAUUGCAUCUACAAGAAGAUUCCGAGCGGGAAACGUCGCUCAGAUGGCCGGCAGGGCACUAUCGACCAGGAUCCCGAGUUUAUGGCCUUCCUCGAGAGCCUCGCGAAUCCCGAUGCCCAGAAAGGCGGGGAAGCCGAGCAGAGCACCGACGAGAACGCAAAGCCCGAGAAGGCUACCACGACACCACUGAUUGAAUAUCUUAAGGAGAAGAAGGCAAACAGGGCGAAAGAAGCCGCGGCAGCUAAGAGCGCCAAGCACUCGCGACAGGAAUCACAGGGUGGCAAGGCCAAGGGCUCGUCAUCCAGCCCGGAGGAGUCGAAGAAGAAGGGCAAGGGCGACAAGUCAUCGGACAAGCCCAAGGAUAACGUUAAGAUCCUCACAAAGAAGGCGGCUAUGGAUGCUGCGGCUGAGGCUGCGAACACCGUGGCGAGCAAGGCGCAGAGCGCGACACAAGACCUGCCUAAGAGCCGGAGAGCCGGGAUCGCAGCUGCCGCGCGGAUCUUGCAGAGAGACCUCGGUCUGAGUCCCGGCAACGCCCACCGGAAGGCACGCCAGGAAGCCGCCAAGGCCGAGGCAGAAGCAAAGGUGACUGCUGGUGCUGCCGACAAGGAGGCUGCCUCUUCUUCGACGCAGGCCCUGGCAUCUCCUACCGUAUCAUCAACAUCUCAACCGACGACGCCUACUGCUCCAAAGGCACAGGUUCAACAACCAACAUCCGGCAGGUCACGGGGUAAGAAGCGAGGCACUGGGGAAGAUUCAGCCAAGGGAAGAGGAGAGAGGUCUACUACCGAUUCUGCAGGACCGACCCCCGCAAAGACGCCAGUUGUGCUCCUCAGAAAGAAAGAUGACACCCCAUCGACGUCACAAUCCGCCCGACCGUCGACCCCGUCAGCAUCAGCAUCGGCAGCAGCCACGCCUGCCAGGUCAGCGGCAACUCCCACGCCGACACCCCCCACGGGACCCAAGGCCUCCUCCUCCAAAAACCCCCAACCACCUCCGGCCUCCAAGAAGGGCAGCAACAGGGCCACAAGUACCAACACCAGCACCACCACCGGCGGCGGCGGCGGCGCCGGCCCCGCGCCGGCCCCCGCGCCGGGCUCGACGCGCGCGUUCGUCAAGCACGCCAACCCGUCGCAGGGCGUGACCGAGGCGCUCCUCAAGGAGGCCAUGCAGGCCUUCGGCGCCGUGGCUUUUGCCGAGAUCGACCGGCGCAAGGGCUUCGCGUACGUCGACUUCGCCGACCCCGAGGGGCUCGCGCGCGCCAUCGCCGCCAGCCCCGUGACCGUCGCGCAGGCCGCCGUGCAGGUGCUGGAGCGGAGGGAGAAGGAGGCUGCCGCGAGGAGGGCGGGGGGAGGAGGCGGUAGCGGUAGCGCGAAAGGAGGCGGUGGCUCCGGUGCUGCUGCUGCUGCCGCCGCUACCGGCGGGAGUGCAAAGGGCGAGGCGAGCGCCGGCUCGGUUGGUGCUGGUGCUGCCCCGGCCGGUCCUUCGGCCGACAAGGAGAAGGGCGCGGCUGCGGCUGCGGCUCCCGGCGCUGGUGCUGCGACGACGCCGACGCCGACGACGACGGAGAAGCGCGGCGGGAGACGGAGGGGCGGCCGAGGGAGGGACCGAGAUAGGGAUGGUGGUGCGGGUAAGGAUGGUGGUGGAGCUGGUGGUGGCGGUGGCGGUGGGGGAAGGAAUGCCGGCAAGGGCGGUGGUGGUGGCGCCGCGGCUGCAGCGUCUGCUCCUGCUGCGGCUUCUUGAGGCGCGAGGCGUUGAGAGAUGAGGUAUCGGCGCCUGACGGGGAUGGGGGACAGAGCGGAACGGAAUGCAGUAGGGGAGGUGUCCUCUGGCUCUUUCUUUCUCUGUCAUCCCCCCCUGGUGCCUUGCCUUCUCUUGCGUUCAUUCCAUCGUUUUCGACUUGCUCUACACUACUUGCCACAUGCGACAGAAGUCGCCCGGGACUCCGGUGGGCCAA